AUGACAACAGAAGUUCCAAAUGUCUCUGAGAAUCCUACUGAUAAUAGUUUAAAAAUAACUCCGCCAAUGGGUAUAGAACUAUCGGCGGGCACAACACCACCAAUGGGCGUGGGCGAGAACAAACAGACAGAGACUACAUCAAUAAUGCAUCAAAAAUAUCCGUCAGACUCUUCGCAAUAUCAACAAAAUUCUUCCAAAUUGGACCCUUCGCAAUAUCAACAAAAUUCUUCCAAAUUGGACCCUUCGCAAUAUCAACAAAAUUCUUCCAAAUUGGACUCUUCGCAAUAUCAACAAAAUUCUUCCAAAAUCCCCGUUAGCCAAGUUUAUGCUGCACAUCUUCAACCUACACCUCCACCGCAAACACAAAUUGUAAUGCAAAGAUCAGCACCUCCUCCAGAAAAAAUGCCAACGGAAAAUCUCUCCGAGUAUCCCCUUACUGACACUAGUUCAAAGAUAACCCCACCGAUGGGUAUAGAACAAUCAGCGGGUAUAACACCACCGAUGGGUGUGGACCAAACGGCUCAACAUCAACCUCCCUCUUCACAACAUCAACCUCUCUCUUCACCACAUCAACCUCUCUCUUCACCACAUCAACCUCUCUCUUCACAAUAUCCUCCCAAUGACUCUUUGCAACAACAAAAUUCCAAAUUCUCUAAUUUUCAGCAAGACCUUCAAGUUUAUCCCGCACAAAUUCAACCCGACUACCCUUCUCAAGUUGAUCACCAACCAGCACCUCCACCACAAACACAAAUUGUAAUGCAAAGUUCAGCACCUCCUCCAGGGCCAAAUCCAAAUAAUUCCGAAAAGAAGAAAAAGAAGAAUGUUAUACAGCUCUAG